AAGCUCACCCAGGCUGCACCACUGGCAAAAUGCAGGUCCUACUAUUCCUGAUUGCACUUCUCUUGCCUUCUGGAGCUGGAGCUGAGGAGAUUAUUGGUGGUGUUGAGUCUAGACCACAUUCCCGCCCUUACAUGGCCCGUCUGAAGAUCAUCACUGAUGGAGGUUCUGAGGACAGCUGUGGUGGGUUUCUCAUAGCCCCCCAAUUUGUGUUGACUGCUGCACACUGUAGAGGAAGAGAAAUCAUUGUCACCCUUGGAGCUCAUGAUGUGAGCAAGACUGAAUCCACACAACAGAGGAUAAAAGUUGAAAAACAAUUCAUUCACAAAAAUUACAACACGUUUUUCAAACUCUAUGACAUCAUGUUAUUGAAGCUUGAAGAGAAAGCUAAGUUGACUCCUGCUGUGGAUGUAGUUCCCCUGCCUGGUCCCUCUGACUUUAUCGACCCUGGGAAGAUGUGCUGGACUGCUGGCUGGGGGAAAACUGGAGUGAGAGAACCUACCUCAGAUACCCUGAGAGAGGUUGAACUGAAAAUCCUGGAUAAAGAGGCCUGUAGAAUGUAUAAACGUUAUGACUAUAACUUCGAGGUCUGUGUGGGAAGUUCCACAAAGUUAAAAACAGCAUAUAUGAAAGAUUCUGGGGGACCUCUUCUGUGUGCUGGUGUGGCCCAUGGUAUUGCAUCUUAUGGGCAUUCAUAUGGAAAGCCCCCUUCAGUCUUCACCAGAAUCUCCGCAUAUGUGCCCUGGAUUAAUAGAGUCAUAAAUGGCAAGUAGCUGAUAAGUUUAACAAGCCUGAGGCAGAUUCUCCAAGCCAGAGCUCUCUGGUAUCCUUUGUGUUCAACAAAGCCUGUCCACAGACUGUCCACAGCAUGCCCUCAGCCUCACCCCAGCCUAUGUACAGCCUGCCUUUAGCUUGCCCCCAUCCUGUCCCCAGCUGUCCCUACAAGGAUCUCAAAGAUACACGAGUCUGUGAUUAUGGUUUGUUCCCUGUAAUGCACCUCAAUAAAGACCUAACCUCCGGCAGCU